AUGCCAAAUUAUCCAUCAAAUAUAGAACAAAUGUUAUUUAUUCAAAAUUGUUUGGAACAUUUAUUUAACUGUACUUAUGAAAUUAUUUAUUUUUCUGAAUUAAUAAAUCCAGAAUUAAUUAAAUUAUUAUUUGAAGAUUCAAAAAUUCCACUUCAAUUUAAUAUUCUAUACAAUUGUCAAUUUAAUUUUAAAAAUAAUUGUAGCUGUCCAAAUAUUUUAAAUUUUGUUUUGAAUUAUUUGAAAGUUGGGAAUUGGUUAAUAAUUGAUUUUUUGAAAAUUUGGAAUUUGGAAGAUAAUUUAAAAAUUUUAUUUAAUUUGUUGACAAAGGAAGGAAACAAAUUUAAAAAAGUAUAUUGUCAAAGUAUUGGAGAACCAACGAUUUUUAAAAUGAUUAUUAAGGUAAGAAAAUUAUCAUAG